AUAGGACAGCCUUGGGGAAAAGUAACAUAGAUGUGGUACUUUGACUGGGGAAAGGCCUAAAUCCGGACACACUCCCAAAGUUCACUGGGAGAUCUUAGGCCACAAGGACCAACGUCUUUCCUGUAUUUUAACCUUAUUUAGGGAACCUGUGCAGCUUUGCCCUUUAGGCAUAAGUGGAACAUUCUUGUUUAACCAGUACUUUGGAGAUAAAGCCUUGAGCUUUUUGUUUAUGCUUUUUGAGUUCGGCUUUAACAGAUACUAGUACAAAGUUUUUGUGAUGAUUGUUAGACAUCUUAUUUUUGUAAGCUGCCUUGUAGGCCCAAGUUGGAUACUAAGUUAGGAUAGAAGUGUAUUAAGUAAAAAUAAAAAGGAAAGCGUAAAACUACCUGUAUGAAUGUAUGUACCUGCUUGUGACUCUCUGCCAAAGCCAAAAGAUCUUGCUUUUUUGAAAGACCAGUUGGAAAGCUUGAAACGAAGAGUGGAAAAUGAGGUACAGGCUGGAGUGGGACAGGAAGGUUCUUUGCUGGCAUCCCCAUUUCUCAAAGGGUUUCUUGCUGGGUAUGUUGUAGCCAAACUCAGAUCUUCAGCAGUGCUUGGAUUUUUAGUGGGGACUUGUACUGGUGUGUAUGCUGCUCAGACCUACGCAGUUCCUGAUGUGGAAAAGACAGUCAAAGACUAUUUCGGCUCAUUCAGGAAAGGACCAGACUAGAAUAUAAUCCCUCAUG